CUGGAUCUCUCAGUUCUGCUCCAGCCGCAGAUCCAGCAUGACCGUGGAGAAGACGGACCCCGUGGAGGUGUUCGGGGCCGGGCUGAAGGGCCGGGGUCUGCGGGGCACUAAAGACCUGUCGGCUGGAGAAGUGGUGUUCGCUGAGGCCAGUUUCGCCGCUGUUGUGUUCGACAGUCUCUCUCUACAGGUGUGUCACAGCUGUUUCCGCCGGCAGGUAAACCCUCACCGCUGUGCUCAGUGUAAGUUUGCGCAUUACUGCGACCGCACGUGUCAGCGAGCCGCCUGGGACGAACACAAGAAGGAAUGUUCAGCCAUCAGAAACAUUGGGAAGGCUCCCAACGAGAACGUGCGUCUGGUUGCUCGUAUCCUGUGGCGCAUUCAGAAACACACCGGCCUGGUCUCGGACUCUCAGCUUACUACCCUAGAUAUGCUGGAGGAUCAUCUGUCCAGAAUGACCCCCGAGGACCUGAAGGAGCUCAAAGCGGACGUGAAAACCUUCUACACCUACUGGCCUAAGAAGAGCAAAGCGGUGGGAGAGGAUUAUGUGUCGCAUCUCUUUGGUGUGAUCAGCUGUAACGGCUUCACUCUGAGUGACCAGCGGGGUCUGCAGUUGGUCGGCAUUGGGCUGUUUCCAAACCUCUGUCUGGUCAAUCACGACUGCUGGCCGAACUGCACCGUCAUCCUCAAUCACGGAGAUCAGUCGGCUCUGGAUGCUUCAUUCCACUCCAGCAGAAGGAUUGAGCUGCGGGCUCUGGAGCCGAUCUCUGCUGGACAGGAGCUGACCGUCAGUUAUGUGGAUUUUCUGAGCGUCUCCACAGACCGCCAGCGGCUCCUCAAACAGCAGUAUUACUUCGACUGCAAGUGUGAACACUGUGUGAACGGCACCAAAGAUGAGCUUAUGACCGCCGUCAAACCCACCGAGGAUGGAAAACAGCCUUCAGCUGAUGUGGUCAAGCAGCUCACAGACUUCAGUCUUCAGGCUCUGGUGAAGAUCGAAGCGGCUCGAGCUCAAGGAAACUUCCAUGAGGUGAUCAGGAUCUGCCGUGAGUGUCUGGAGAAGCAGGACCCGGUGUUUGCGGACACUAAUGUGCAUGUUCUGCGUGUCCUGAGCACCGCCAGCGAGGUUCUGUCCUUCCUGCAGCAGUUUCAGGAUGCGGCCAGAUACGCUCAGCGCAUGGUGGAUGGAUACAUGAAGCUUUAUCACCCCAAUAAUGCUCAGCUGGGCAUGGCCAUCAUGAGAGCGGGUGUCACACACUGGCAUGCUGGACUGAUAGAGGGCGCUCACGGGCUGAUCUGCAGAGCGUACGGCAUCCUGAUGAUCACACAUGGCCCACAUCACCCUAUCAGCAGAGACCUGGAGGCGAUGCGGAGGCAGACGGAGACGGAGCUGCGCAUGUUCAAGCAGAACGAACAUGUUUAUCACAGCAUGCGUGAAGCCGUCCUCACCAGCAAACCCAUGAGCGUCGCUGGAGAACAAGUGCAGAUCAAAGCAUGAACACACACACACACACAGAAACAUGCGAUCAUUCAUGCAAUAAAUGCAUUUCUGCAGAUCA